AUGAACUUCAGCACGGCUUGUUCUCUUUUUGGUCUAUUCAUACUGAAUAUUAUCUCCAUUGUGAGAACAGCUCCCUGUUUUACAAUUCAACCUGGGCCAGUUUACUAUACCGUAACUGUCUGUUCGUGUUGGAGAAGAAGUUGGUGGGGGAGACGAAAAUGCACGCAUUAUCGCGGUGUUACCCGUGUGAAGUACAGGUAUGUUAAGAGAUGCUGCUCUGGAUACACUGGCAGUGAUUGUUCAAUACCCAUUUGCAGCUGUCAGAACGGUGGAGUUUGUGUAGCUCCAAAUCUUUGUAGAUGUCCAUCUGGAUAUGAAGGCAAUUCAUGCCAAACUCCACGGUGCAAUCCACAAUGUCGCCAUGGGUAUUGUACAAGUCCCAAUCGAUGUACCUGCUAUGGUGGAUACAGCGGCAUUGAUUGUUCAACACCGGUCUGUAAUCCUCAAUGUCAAAAUGGAGGAUACUGCAGUAGUCCGAAUUAUUGCCAGUGUUCAAAUGCUUACACGGGUCCCUACUGCAACCAAGCUGUCUGUGAUCCCCCAUGCCUGAACGGUGGAACAUGUGCAUCACCAAAAGUAUGCUCAUGUCCAUCAGGUCAAUACAAAGGUUCCCAGUGCCAAACACCAAUUUGUACCCCCGACUGCGAGAACGGCGGAACAUGUGUAUCACCCGGAAAAUGUGCCUGUAAGCAGACAUUCAUAGGUGAUCGUUGUCAAGAUCCGCUCUGCGCCCACCAUUCGCCAUGUUUUCCUGGAAAUUGCUCUGACACAAUCAACUGUCAGUGUAGUGAUGGAUUCACAGGAGAUACAGGACUUAAUCGAUGUAAAACGUUGGAUAGCUAUAACAUCCCAAUUAUUACAAAAGCCACUGCAUUUCUGGCUAAUAUAGAGAGAACUGGAGAUAAAGAGGAACUUUAUAGGUUUAUGACGGACUCUUCAGAACCAAACUCAACAGAAGUUGACGAAUUGUGGCUGAGCGACAAAGACUACAACUACAUUAAUGCAGAUUUUACUGCAAUGUAUGUUCCUGAAAUGGAAUAUGAACUACCAGACUAUGUUGAAAACUAUACACUUGGGAUAGUUGAAGGGAGAAUGCGGUUAGAUCUGCAUAAGGUUGAUAGAAGAGAUCCAAACAACCCAUUUAUAAGUUUAAAUAGUUCGUUUUACGAUUGUUCAAAUCGACCCGGAUCUUUAACCCCAAACACGAGUGUAUACGCUUGUAAUAUAAGCAACGAAAACUUUGACAGACUGUUGGAGGACGGAGAUAAUUUGACGCUGACCGUCAUUGCCGUGAAUGGCGGGUUUAGAAAAUUAAAGACAGAGUCAUAUACAGUCGUUGAUCCUUUCAUCGGACAGACUGCGGAAAAGUCGAUGAUGUUUCGCUUCGACUUUAGGAAACCAGUACACUGUCGGUUAGAUGAUGUUCCAUGUACAUCAAUAGCUUUCAAUGUCACCAAAGAUGUCACAAAGAGUGCAAUAGAGUUUACCUGGGAUGGUUGGGAUGAUGUUCUGUCGGGAAUUGGCAAAUACCAAAUUGAAGAGUUCUUUCUACGGGUAAACCCAAACAAUAAUCGAAAUUUAAGUGAAAUAGAGUUGUGGAAACCACUGAACAUAUUCACAUUUGAUAAAUCUUCGCGGAAUUAUACCCGUACUCCUGCUGAACCCGGAAUGUAUUCGUAUAUUUUAAAUGUAGUUGAUAGAGCCAACAAUUCACAAUAUGCUAGAACACUUGUUUUGUACGAUACACAGUCUUCAAUAACAACAAACGACUCGUCACCAAUGGUUGCAACUAGUGCUGCGGAAGAAACGAGUUACAAAUGGCAAAAUAACCUAACAAAUCCAAUCUCUGUGUCAUGGAAGAGUCAUUUCUGGAACAAUUUUCUUGAACGCAACAAACUAUUAAGCCCGGUUUCACCGUACAAGUACUUUAAUUCUGAUGCUAAUUUUUACAAAGCUGUACCAGAUAAUUUAGAAGACAAAGACGGCAUGAGAACGCUUAAAGGAAUAACGAAUGCACAUGGAGUAGUUAAAUUUCAAUAUACGUUUCGUCAUUCAAAUCAAGGCAAUAAUCCACCUAAUGAUUGGAAAGAUCCUACAGAUAACUUUAUGUCUCAAACGGCAUCAUUUGAUGCCAUCAGAAGUAAUGGCGACUCUCUAAAUGUGUGGGUGAAAGCUAUCGACAUUUUAGGCAAUGAAAAAAUUGAUAUGAUUAAAGUCUAUUUUGACGAAACGCCCCCCGAUAACCUUGGAGAAAUCACAUUUAUAAAGAAUAUCGAAAACUCAACACUUCCUUUUUCAAGUCGAUUAAUUGUCGACACCCGUGAUACUGAUAGUGGCAUUUAUGGAGUUAGAUAUAGUUUUCUGUCUAACAACACAGGCGCUGUUUUCAAAAGUGAUUUCAUUCCGGGAAAUAAAUCUAACGUAGCACUUUCCUUGAAAGAAGGGUACACAGACAAAAUGGGGGACCAUUUUUACUACAGUCAGUAUUUGAAGGUCGACAAUUGCUGGAUGGUAGUUUCUAAAGACGCAUUCAAAGAUGAAUUUGUCAAUUUAGAGCUGAUUGUUUACAACAGAGCGAUGGUAUCAACUCAAAUGAGUUAUAUGAUUACCGACCUUGGAUCCCUAAACGGAAUCGAUGAAUACUCUGGACCAACGAACCUGCAUGUUGAAACAACGUACUCUAACGCCGUUCGACUGAGGUGGACCGUUUCACCAACCUGCUACGAACGGUCACGAAUUACGGUAUCCGGUGUAUCCAAAGACGGGAAAAGGUUUUUGCGGCUUGUAGACAAGGACUCAGAUCAUUUUGACUUGAACGGACUGGAAGCGGAAACGACCUAUAAUUUGUCAUUUGUUACAGAAUAUGGCGAUCAGAAAAGUGACCCGAUAUUUUUAACUUUCCAUACAAUAGAAGCACCGGCUGCUUUGACAGCAGGUGGAAUAGCCGGAAUAUCCACCGUGAUGAUUUUCUUACUGGCAAUCAUUAUUGCUGGAGUAAUAAUGUGGAGGACAGGGCGGCUGUCAGUGGCCAAACAGGGAAUACAGAGAAGAAUGACUGUUGUCCGGGACAGAAUCCAACAACAAAUAUCAGCUCGUUAUGUACCAUAUGAGGAUCAAGAUGAUAUAUACCUUUAUGGUCAAAUGGAGGUGAAUAAGUCAGAUGACUGGGUCAUCCCACAUGUAUGUAUUGUGCUCGAGUCCCUUUUUACAAGUGGCAAGUUUGCAGAUAUAUAUAAAAUAAGAUAUCAACCAAAGAAGAGUGAUUCUGGAAGGAAUGCUUUUGUGGCGAAAGUUUUGAAAACUGGAGCCUCAGAAGAAGAUCGAAUGAGUAUGCGAGCAAAAAUAAAUUUCUAUGCUUCAAAAGUUGGAGAACAUCCUAACAUUUUACAUUUUAUGGGAGCAGUGCUUGAUGACGAAACACUUGGGCCAUACAUGGUUCUUGAAUUUUGUGAGGUUGGCCAGCUCAACUCUUGGUUACAACAACAAAAGAAUACAGCAAAUGUAGAAACAUCGGAACAGCUUUGCAGAAUAUGCUACGGAAUAUGUAAAGGAAUGCUGCAUUUAGAAAGUAGAAAGCUGGUUCACAGGAGACUGGCAGCUAGGAAUGUUCUUCUAACCAGUGAACUAGAGCCUAAAAUUUACGGAUUUUGUCCCCAACAACAGGAGGCUGAAGGUGAAAACAAAGAUGAUGAUGGUGAUACCAAGGAAGAUAAGAGUCGUAUACCUGUGAAAUGGACAGCUCCAGAGUGCUUGGUAACGAUGAAACACGCCACACCAAAAAGCGAUGUCUGGUCUUUUGGAGUAGUUCUAUGGGAGAUAUUCAGUUUUGGAGAAGUUCCUUACCCAGGUACUCGGAGCAGAGAUGUACAGGCUUAUCUACGAAACGGAUAUAGAAUGGAUAAACCCGAAUUUGCUAAUGAUUUCUAUUACAACAUAAUGAAGCAAUGCUGGAAAAUGAAGCCAAAACAACGCCCAUCUUUCCGUGACAUGACAGCUGACAUUGGGAAAACCUUCAACUCUGCACCAUCUGACGAUUUCUAUUACUAACCUGAGAAACAUUGAUUGUCACAGUCGUCAUGUGUUACCAGUUGUUCGUGUUAUUGGCUUUGUGUAGAAACUAAAGGCAUCAACGUUGCUUUUUAAAAAUUCAUUAGAAUACAUUUAAAUGAAGUUUAAUUUUCUAUAUAUAUAUCUAAAUUUUACAAUGUUCGAUGGUAUGCAUACAUGUAUUUCUUAAUGCCAAAAAAGAGAUAUUAGUAUCAUUGACACUUCAAUAAUCAAGGCAAAAGUUGGUCCUGAAAUUAAAAGAAAUUGCCUCCUUGUCUCAAAUAGUUAUUACCUGUUAUUAUAAAAUGGAAAUAUAUCUGCCUUUGGAAAACAUGUUUUAAGUAUGUUUAUAUGAAUAACAAUUUGACUCAAUUUUAAUAGGUUAGAAAAGUUUAUAAUUUUUAAACUGCUAAACAAACAAUGAGUAGCUAAUAAUACUUCACAAUUUUAUUUUCUGCUGUUAGUGUGGAAAGUAAGACAAUUUGACCUUUAAAAUGUUUUAAUGUUUGAAACUUUCAUUGUUGUAUAAACUUGAAUUGUAUAUAUGUAUAUUUCUCAAGUUAAAUCAAUUUCAACUGCACUAACACUUAUCAGCUUAUAUAAAAAAAAACUCUGUACUUUAUUACGAAAGAAUAUGCUUAUCUUUUAUUGUCCAUGUUUUGUAUUUAGAUAAUGCGUUAAACUGGAGACACUUGCUAAAAUCUAAUUAUAUCCUCCAGUAAACGAUUAAUAAAAUGAUCAUAAUGCCAAAGAUUGCUUUGUUUGUGUACUAAAGAGGGACCUCUGUACAAUUUUCAACAAACAGUGAAUGCAUAAAUAGAACUGUUUUGUGUGUAUAUGCUGUGAAAACUGGGUAUUAUUGUUAUUUUGUUCGAUGAGAGAGUUGUCUUUCUUUAAAUGGUUAUAUUGAAUCAAAUUAGCAUCCCAUUUGAAAUCCAAUAGCAAUUAAUAUUCAUUAAAAAGACUUUCUUUGUUUUAAACAAAUUUGAAACUUUUGAAAACAGUGUCCGUCGUACAUCUAUCUGUCCCUCUGUCCUCUGAAUUCGUUUGACAAUUUCAGUCUACACGUAUCUAGAACAUAUUGUGCAAAAUUUAAAAAAACACAAUUGACCAAAAAAAAAUUCCAAGGCUGAAAUGAAAAGCGAAAGAAAAACCAGCACAUAUUACCUGGAUGUUUUUCAAAUAUUAUGUCAUAAACUGGUGCAUAGUAAAUGUCAUGUUAGUAUAUUUUGGUCUGCUGUUUUAAAACCUAUAAUAUUUUCUCUUUACUUCCUUUUUAAUUUCAUCCAGUUUCAAAAGAAAAUGACUCCUUGAAUGCAAAAUAGAAAAAAAAAACCUUUGCCAAUUCUUGCUAAAAUCAAAUGUACGUUUACUAAUUUCUCAACAUCUCAAAAUACAUGUAUGCAUAUUCAAGCAAUUUGACUAUUAUUUUUUUUGAAAUUUAUUUUGAAGCAAAAACCUGCUAGUAUGAUAAAUCUACAUGUAACUUUAACGUUUAUGAUAGAUAAGAUUUGAAAAAAAAAUGAUUUCUGUAAGUGGAAAGAUUUCUCUUCCAAGGAAUAUACAUGUA